AUGAUUCGACGGGAGUCUAUAAAAUCGGUUCGGAGAGGCUCAGUUUUUGUCGAUGUCGGUGGAAGUGAAAGAAAAUCAUCGUUGAAUGAUGAGGAUUCGCUGGAUAAGGAGGCGAUCGUGCAGACUUUGAUCUCGAAGGAACAGAAGAGAAGGAAUGAGCGAGCGGUGCUCAUCGCCCAACUCAGAAAAGAGGAGGAAGAAGUAGAGGGCGAAGAGGGUAAAUCGGAGACGAAGAAGAGCGAUGUCGAAAAAGAAAAUAUAAAAUGCCCAUAUUUGGAUACAAUCCACAGAGAAGUCCUUGAUUUCGACUUUGAGAAGCUUUGCUCUGUCUCUUUAUCGCAUAACAACGUCUACUGCUGCCUGGUCUGCUCGAAGUAUUUCCAAGGGCGAGGAAAGGGAACACACGCGUAUCUCCAUGCUCUUGAUUGCAAGCAUUAUGUCUACCUGAAUCUUCACAACGCGAAAUUCUACUGUCUGCCAGACAACUAUGAGAUCAUCGAUCCUUCACUCGACGAUAUUCUUUACCAAUUGAAUCCGAAUUUUACUCCGGAAGAUUUGAAGGAAAUCAAUUAUUAUGAAGAGAUUGAAGAACGAAUGCCACAAAAAUUGGCGACAGACGGGUCAAAAUACUGGCUUGGUCUGAUAGGAAUGAACAACAUCAAGCAUAACGACUACAUAAACGUAGUCAUCCAAGGAUUGGCUCAAGUUCCUCAGUUCAGAAAUCAUUUCCUCGUCAGAACCUUCGCCGGCAAUAAACAAACAAGUGACAGGAUCAUGCUUCGGCGAUUAGGGGAGCUGUUGCGAAAGCUGUGGAAGAAGCACCACUAUCGGCCGCAUAUCUCGCCGCACGAGUUCUUACAAAGCGUGGUGAUCGAGUCAAAAGCAGACUUGGAUAAAGUCAUGAAAAAAUAUGAGAAGAACAAAGAAAGCUCAUUUGUUCGAAGCAUUUUCGAAGGCGAAAUCGAAGUGACCUCGCGAAGAAUUCCUAAUCCCGAAUUGCCGGAGGAGGAGAAGAAAAAGUUGCUUCAACUGCCGAAAUACAAACUUGAGGGUGUUUCUGAAAGACAGAAAUUUAUGUUUUUGCUGCUUGAUUUGCCCCCAAAGCCGCUUUUUGUCGACCCGCACAAGCAAAUCCCAAUUCCUCAAGUUCAUAUUAACACGCUGCUCGAGAAGUUCAACGGAAACCAAGAGAAAGAAUACAAAUUAAAAGGCGAAGAACGACGAGACCCUCUACUCAAGCGCUUCAGAGUCGUCCGGCUCCCAGACAAAAAUCCGACUAUUGUGCAAUAUCCUGUCAGUAGCUUGGAUAUGGGGCCGUAUUGCUUGGAGGAUGAUGGACAAGAGAUUUUUGAUUUGGUGGCGAAUAUCGUCCACGAUGGAGAGCCAAAAGAUGGUUCUUACAGAAUUCAUGUCAAUCAUAAACUUACAAAUAUGUGGAAAGAGAUUCAGGAUCUUGUUGUAAGCGAUGCAUUGCCAGAGAUGAUCCCUCUAUCAGAAGCCUUCAUUCAAAUAUGGGUCCGCCGGCCAAAAGUGAAGGGACUCAAGCGUAAAAUGGAAGUUGACGUUCUUGGCCCGCCACCUCCACCUCCACCAAGUGGGAAUCCGACGAGCGCGGAGAAUGGAGCGAAAAGUGUCAAACGCAAAUACUGA